GAAGACAAGAAGAGAGAUCACAUGAGAUAGAAGUACCAUUGAACCAAAAUGUCCCAUUUAGUCCGUUAUAGCCGUUACCUUUCCCGCUUCAAAACCCCACAUUUCCCAAGAUCCCAACAUUCCACACUUCCCUUCUCCACCACCACAGAAGAUUACAACAAACCUUCCCGACCCGAUCCGCCUCCGAUUCGAGUCGCACUCACUGAGUCAGCUGGUCGAGGCGUGUUUUCCACUAGGAAAAUCGGUGCUGGAGAUCUCAUACACACUGCAAAACCUAUUUUGGCUCAUCCUUCUCUUUCGACUAUUAACACUGUCUGUUAUUUUUGCCUCAAGAAGUUAACUUCGACCGAGUUUCAUGGAAAAGGGGUUGCCUUUUGCAGUCAAGAGUGUAAAGAGAAUGCUAAGGUGUUUUAUGAAGUUGAGACGAAAGCAGAUUGGUUAGCUUUUGAUGACUAUUGUCGGGAAAACAGAAAUGAAAUGCAGUACUUAUCUUCCAAGGAUCUGACUUGUAGGGCAUUUGUUUUUGUCUUGUAUUCUUACUCGUUGAUUCUGUCAUCAUGUAGUAACAAAGGUCUAAAGUAUCCACUUCUUGUAAAGCGGUUGACUUGCAUGGUUAUAUCAGGAGCUGCAUCUGCUGAAAGUCUUGACAUACUUCAACCAUCUAAUUUAUCUCAUGAGAUGGUUUUAGAGAUGGAAGAGGGCUAUGGUUUGCUGAAGAGUGGUUUUGCUAUGGCAAAUAUUUCAGAUGAACAGAUGGCUUUCCUCACCAAGGAAUGGUACAACAGCAUAAUCGCACGAAUUCGCAUAAAUGCAUUUCGUAUUGAAUUGGCAGUAGGAUCAUAUGAGGAUCUUCUAUCAUCAGCUGCAGCCUGUAUAGAAGCUGAAGCUGCUGUUGGAAAUGCUGUGUACAUGCUUCCAUCCUUAUACAAUCAUGAUUGUGAUCCUAAUGCACACAUUGUAUGGAUAGACAAUGCAGAUGCACAGUUGAAGGCCCUUUGUGAUGUUGAGGAAGAUGAAGAGCUCCGGAUCUGCUAUAUAGAUGCAAGUAUGGAUCAUGAUGCUCGGCAAUCUUUCUUGCUUCAAGGGUUUGGUUUCAAGUGCAAUUGCCUUCGGUGUUUGUCAGGGGAUUAGUGGAAUGCCAUGCUUUUGCAAGAGAAAGAUGUUGACGUGAUGACGGCAUGCUUGUUUGAUCAUUUUUAAGAUGGUUUACGAAGCGAGAAAGUGUUUCUUUUCUUACCAGUGUACCCGAGAAAGAACUAAAAAUAAAAUUUUGCUGUCCUGUUUUACUCACAGCUCUUUGGUUUUCUCAUGGAAUUCUAUGGUUUUUUUCGUGAAAAAUAAGAAUGCGUUUGCCGGGAGUCGAACCCGGGUCUAUUGCUUGGAA